UAUUAUUAUUAUUAUUAUUAUUAUUUGUGUUUAUUAUGAUCCAUGUUUUUACCGAAAAUUAUCUUUUUCUCUUAAACUUAAGCUAGAGUUUCGCUGUUGCCCUCGGAUCGAUCGGAGAAGAAGAAGCAGAGGACCGCAUGGUUUGAACCCUAGCGAAGAUGGAUCCGGAGGAAAUUGGACGAGCUGCAAUCAAGCGUGCGAUCAAAGCCCUCCGCAGACGGCAUUUGCUCGAAGAGGGCGCACACUCCGCCGCCAUCCUCGCCCUCUCCAAGCCCUUUGCUGCGCAGGGUUUAGAGUGGAAGGAGAAAGCGGAAAGCCUUGAACUAGAACUUCAACAAUGUUACAAGGCCCAAUCAAGAUUAUCUGAACAACUAGUGGUUGAAGUGGCCGAGUCUAGAACCAUGAAAUCUAUUGUUCAAGAGAAAGAAACAUCAAUGACUAAUCUGCAAAAUGAUAUGACUCAAACAAGGGAAGAGAACUCCCAAUUAAAGGCUGAUCUUGAUGAAAAAACAAAAACUGUGGCGCUGUUGAUCAGUGAGAACCAGUCAUUGAAAGCACAACUAGAGGAAGGGCUACUGAAAUUGAAAGAUACCGAAGCUGAGAACAAGAAAUUGAUUGAUCGUAUGAUGUUGGAAAAGAUGAAAGAUGCAGAAAAGCUCAAUGAGGUUAAUGCAUUAUAUGAAGAUUUGAUGCAACGAUUCAAGGUAAGUAGCAUUGAACAACUUGCACGGUUGCAAGUCGAUGGAGUAGUCCGCCGAAGUGAAGCAGGAUAUGAGAAUUUCGUGGCGACCACUGUUCCAUCUGUGUGCAAGCACACAAUCCAUGCUCAUGAAGGUGGAUGCGGUUCUAUUUUAUUUGAGCACAACUCAGACAAAUUGUACAGUGGAGGACAGGACAGGACAGUUAAAAUAUGGGACACAAAAACAGGGACUCAAAGUGGCACUCUUCGCGGUUGCCUCGGAUUGGUUCUUGAUCUAGCUGUUACCCAUGAUAACAGAUCCGUGAUCGCAGCAAGCAGCUCAAACAACUUGUAUGUGUGGGAUGUGAGCACUGGUCGAAUUCGUCAUACUCUCACAGGUCACGCAGACAAAGUAUGCGCCGUGGACGCAAGCAAGGUAUCCACCCGUCAUGUUGUGAGCUCUGCUUAUGAUCACACUAUAAAAAUCUGGGAUCUCCAGAAAGGCUAUUGUAUCAACACCAUUAUUUCACCAAGCAACUGUAAUUCCCUUGCAUACAGCCUAGAUGGCCUCACAAUUUGCUCGGGCCACAUUGAUGGAAAUCUUCGGUUAUGGGAAAGUAACACCGGAAAGCUGAUUAGUGAGGUAGCUGCACAUUCUCAGGCAAUUUCAUCAAUCUCUAUAUCUCGAUGUGGCAACAUUGUUCUGACAAGCGGGAGGGAUAACGUCCAUAACUUGUUCGACAUGAGAUCUUUAGAAGUGUGCGGGACAUUCCGGUCAAAUGGCAGCAGGUUAGCAUCGAACUGGAGUCGUUCCUGCAUCAGUGCAGAUGAGAACUAUGUCGCUUCAGGAUCUGUUGAUGGAUCAGUGUAUAUCUGGUCAAGAAUAAAAGCCGACACGCUGAGCGUUCUCGAAGGGCAUUCUUCGCCUGUUCUCACUUGUGCAUGGAGUGGGCUCGGCAAAACCUUAGCUUCUGCUGAUAAAAAUGGAAACUUGUGUAUAUGGGCAUGAAUGGUAAGCUGUAACAAUCUGAUUACUGUGAAGGCAAAUCAGUUAUAUUGCUGUUUCAUCUAAUUCUAUUUUCUUUCAUGUGAAUGCUCAAUGAAUACUUAUCUGCUGCA